CAACAGAAAAGCAUGGACUUGUUAGGAUCUAUCUUAGGCUCUAUGCAAAAGCCGCCGUCAGUCGGCGAUGCAGAGAAAAAGAAAGCUAAAGAGCAAAAGGAGCUGUUUGAGAAGCAGCAGGAAAAAGAAAAACAGAAAUUGAAUGUAUUUCGUGAGAAGAUGCAGAAACAGAUCCAUGAAUUCAUCAAAGACAGCUCAAAACAAAAGUACAAGUUUAAACCUAUGGACAAAGUACUACGAGCUAUUGUACAUGAAGUGGCAGACGUAGCCGGACUGACAUCCUUCUCAUUUGGUCAUGAGGAAGAAGACAGAUAUGUAAUGUUGUGGAAGAAGGAGUUUGCUCCCACCGAUGAUGAGCUGUCGGCAUACAGGCGAGGGAUGGAAUGGGACCCGGAGAAGGCAAAAGAACUUGCCAAACAAAAGGAGAUAGAAGCUCAGUCUGAAGCCCACAACUUGAAGCGUAAACACGAGGAGGUGGCGCCCUCUAGCAACUACAGAGAGAAAUACAAACAUCUAAUCGGGGAGGAAGCUGCUAAGGAUGCUGCCAAGUCCACCAUUGCCAACAAGUCUUACGGUUUUGUUCCAAGUCACAACAAGCGAGACCAGCGUACAAUUGAGCAGGUGCUUGCAGACAGUCGGGCCAAGAAGAAGCUCAAGACGGAAGGGGAUGCUGCUGUUGAACCACCAGAGGGCGCAGCAGCAGAGCCUGAUUCGUCACCAUGAUACUGUCAUUAGGUUUUAGCGUAUAUUUGUUGAUGUUUGUUUUAAUUCACUGAUGUAGAACACAGAACCACUGACUGUGAGCCAAAUGGCAGCAAAUCAUGUUGAUACUGUUUGAUAUAAGAGUAAUAAAAUUACGCGAUUUCAUACAGAAAUUGCAUGGAAUGGUAAAUAGUGAUGUAAUUGUAGAUAUUUUUUAACCCUGGUUGGAAAAAGUGUUUGCCAUGUAUUCUGUUAUGUAGAUGGCUACAUUUCCAAGUGAAAUUAACACUUUAUCAUUCAGAUUAAAACUUUAUAGUUAAGAAAAUAAAUACUUGAGUUUCAUCAGUCACAUUCUCCAUGUAUCAAGGGCUUUUGUAAACCUACACUAAUCCUUGGUCCAUUCCCAUUGUUCUUGUGAUUGCAAAUUGAUCAUGAACAUUUUGCCAACCAGUCUCAUGUUGACAUAAGGGAAAUGGAAAGGGUAAGGGAGGUAACUCAGAUUACCUAGGAACCACUGGCAGUUUUAACGUACAUAAAGACAUCCUUUCAAAACAUCUUGAGGGCUUUCUUACGUUACAGUUUCUCAGUAUUGAGUUUCUUCCAAACUUUUCUCAUCAAUGAGGCUGGUUUGUAGCUCGCAUUCUGACUGGAAUGUUAGUAGGGAGGCCAAUCAGAUUGACAAAUGGAAAUCAAGGGCAGGUAAUUUGAGAUUGCUUGACCCAUGAGAUCCAGGGCUUAGUGUAGGUUUACUGAAACAGGAUUCCUGGUGAUCUAGAAGACAUAUUAAUCCAUGACUGAACAUGAUGGAACAGUAUGGUAUCAGUGGGUAAGGCUCAUUAUCAAAAACAAUGCUUGAAUAUUAUUAAAAAUGAAGCAUACAACUUUAUGGAUGACAACUUCUUGUUUAUUGCAUAGAGCAACGUUUUGAUGUACAUUCUUACACCGUUAUCAAGCUAAAAGACUACAUCAUAAUGUCGCUCUUUGAUUAAAGAAAGUUGUCAUCCAUAAAGUUGUAUGCUUCAUUUUUGACUCACCAACUUCUCGUUGCCUAUCAAACAAUUAAAAUAUUAUUAGAUGUGGUAUACAUUGAAGGGUGUGGGUGUUGAUCGAUAACUGUUGGUCUGGAAGUAAGCUUGAAGUAAUAUGAAUGCUUGAAUAGGAUGUUACAUGUGACUGUGGUUUUGUGUUAGACACCAGUCUUGUUUAAGUCAAGUGAUAACAAAGGAUAUAUUGUUUCUCAGGAUUGUGUACAGAUUUCUGUAUUUAAUCUUCCUUCGUAACCGGAGGUAUUCAUGGGAGAGUUUAUUCAGGGAUCUCACAUCAUCCUCAUGUAUCAGGGCUGUUUUACAGGUUUUGGCGGGUCUGUGCUUCAGUAACUUCAUUCCUACUGUAUCGUGUUACUGUGCUCAUUAUUGUGAAAGAUGUAAAUCUUGCUUAUUUGAUGUCAUGCUGUCAUCCCAUUUCGACACUCAGUAGGUUUUGAGUGGCCCACUCAUGCAAGGAAUUUGCUGUGCAGAGUUGUGUCCCUUGGAAACCUGUGAUCAUGGGUUUGAAUCCUAUUUUGUCCUGGUUCUAGGUUUUUCAGUGAGGUAGCACAGUGGUUAAAGUAUCUGCUCCUCAGUCUUAGGUUCGAUUCCUUGCAUUGGAACAAUCUGUGAACUCAUGAACAGAUUUCUGAUGUUCCCAUCUGUGAUAGUGUUGGAUUAUUUCUAAAUGAUUGACAGAUGAAAUACACCAGUGACACCAGUGUCAUUCAAACUAACUUCAUUCCCACACAACCCUCAUUGUCACAGAUUGGUUCAGCCAUUAUGUCCGCUACAAGAAUGGUAAUGUUAUUGUGUAUUCCUGACAACUGCCUUGAUAUAUGUGGAUGAUUCUACCCUAUUGUGUUAUUUGUAUGACUUGAAUCAGAGACCAUAUAAUAGAGGGACGGCCCUCCCCAACAGUUUAUCACCAACCAUCAGCGCUACGGCCUGGCAUGUAACCGAUACACAUCGACACCCUGCUGCUAACUUCCCUCUACCGGUACACAUGCUCAACAGAUGCGCAGACAUUCUGCAAAUGAGCACUCUGGUAACCACGUAAACAAUAUUGCGUAAUAUCCGUAAUCUAUUAUAUGGUCUCUGCUUGAAUUGAUUGUCCAACUCUAGCAUCUUAGAUUUGUAUACAACUAUAUAAAUACUGUGUCUAACACCUGUCAUUUUUGUGUUAAUCUUGUUAAUUUACAGAUUACAAAAAGAAUUUUUUAACCAUC